UUAGUAGCCUCCAUUGUGUUUAUCAGCUUUGGCGUGGUAGCAGCCUUCUGUUGUGCAAUAGUUGAUGGAGUGUUUGCAGCACGACACAUAGAACCCAGACCUUUGUAUAACAAAAGGUGCCAGUUUUAUUCAAGUGGAAUAGGAUUCCUAUAUGAUGCCUACCAGACAGAGGUGACUUGUUAUACCUUAAACAGCAAGUGCCAGCUGAAAGUAAAGAGUAACACAUGCUAUUGCUGUGACCUGUACAACUGUGAGAAUUCAGAGCAGUCCUCCAGCUACUAUGAAUUUCUCGGCGUGAGCAGCUGUCAAGAUGUGGUUCACCUGUAUAGGCUGCUGUGGUCCUCCACAGUCCUCAACAUCAUCGGGUUGUUUCUGGGGAUUAUUACAGCAGCCAUUCUUGGGGCAUUUAAAGACAUGGUACCUCUGUCCCAAAUGGCUUUCAGUGCUGCCGCUCCUCCUCAGAUCCUGUACAAUCCUGCCCAGCAGAUCCUGACAUACGCUGGGUUCUGUCCUUCUGCAGCAACUAUUUCUACAUAUCCAUCCUACCCAUUACCUCUUCAGCCUGCCAGCAAUUUUCCAGGAACAUCAUCUACUGACAUUUCUCUAUCAGAAGAAACUCAGCCUCCAUCUCAGUCCAGCUCCAGCUAUGGCCUUCCCCCCAAUGCUCCAGCCCUCUAUACACCGACUUACUUCUUGCCUGGAGAAAAGCCUCCACCAUAUGCACCAUAG